CAUUGGCUCGUCCCUCCCGCGCCGGGCGCCAUGUUGUGGAGGGGCCGGGCGCCAUCUUAGCGCGCCGGGGGCGCAGGGCUCUGACGCGGCCGGCGGAGGCGCCGCCCGGCGAGGAGGGAGAGCUGGCAGCCGCAGGAGUAUACAUGAAGCUCAAGCUCUGAACCUGCUAUGACUGACCCAGACGUCCUCACUGAGGUCCCUGCAGCUCUCAAACGCCUUGCCAAGUAUGUUGUGCGUGGGUUUUAUGGCAUUGAACAUGCUUUGGCUCUGGACAUCCUCAUCCGAAACCCCUGUGUGAAGGAAGAGGACAUGUUAGAGCUCCUGAAAUUUGACAGGAAGCAGUUGCGGGCUGUCCUCAACACCCUCAAGGGUGACAAGUUCAUCAAAUGCAGGAUGAGGGUCGAGACAGCUCCGGAUGGCAAAACCACCCGUCACAACUAUUACUUCAUCAACUACCGCCUGCUGGUUAACGUGGUGAAGUACAAGCUGGACCACAUGAGGAGGAGGAUUGAGACGGACGAAAGGGACUCCACCAAUCGCGCCUCUUUUAAAUGCCCCAUUUGCUUCAGCACUUUCACAGACCUGGAGGCCAACCAGCUCUUUGACCCCAGGACAGGAACUUUCCGCUGUACUUUCUGUGAGACUGAAGUGGAAGAAGAUGAGUCGGCAAUGCCCAAAAAGGAUGCAAGGACACUCGUGGCAAGAUUUAACGAGCAGAUCGAGCCCAUCUACGCGCUGCUUCGUGAGACAGAAGAUGUUAACUUAGCCUAUGAAAUCCUCGAACCAGAACCCACAGAGAUCCCUGCCUUGAAGCAGAGCAAAGAACGUGCAGCUGGUACGGGUUCGGGGACAGCUGGCGUUACAAGCGGACACCAUCGGGAAGCGUGGACUACGAAAGGCCCAUCCUACGAGGACUUGUAUACCCAGAACGUUGUCAUCAGCAUGGAGGACCAGGAGGACAUUAACCGGUCUGCCAGCGACGGGAAGCCAGCCAGAGAGAGGCCAAUUUGGCUCCGGGAGAGCACGGUGCAGGGGGCGUACGACCCUGAUGAAAUCAAAGACGGGGGCCGGGAUCUGGACGCCUUCCAGGAGCGUGAGGAGGGCCGGGCGGCUCUGGAUGACAACGAGGAGGUGAUGCGUGCCCUGCUCAUCCACGAGAAGAAGACGCCCUCUGCCUCAACCGUCACCGUCGGGGGCUCCGCUCCUCUCUCUGGCGCCAACGCCAGUGACUCGGAGAGCGAGACGAGCGAGUCGGAGGAGGAAUCCCCUCCCCGCCCCGCUGCCACAGCCACCACGGCGUACGGGCUGGAGGAGGAGGAGGAGGAUGAAGAGUUCGAGGUGGUGGCAGAGGACCCCACGGUCACAGUGGCUGGGCGCCCGCACACUUACAGCCAAGUGAGCCAGCGCCCCGAGCUGGUGGCCCAGAUGACACCGGAGGAAAAAGAGGUUUAUAUCGCCAUGGGGCGACGCAUGUUUGAGGAUAUGUUUGAUUAACUGCUUCCUCACGGGGCUUUUUUUUUUGUUUUUUUAAUGAUUUUUUUAAAGCCAGAGACUCCCUUGUAAAACAGAAGGCUAAAAUGCAUCUUGCCUCCCCUGUGCGCAGGGACACUGGGGCCUGCAACUGCUAAUCUCAGGCAUCUUGCCCACCAGAGAGGGGGAGCAGGAAGGCUGCAUGUGCCAAAACAGGUAGGGGAGGACAUGUUUUAGAAGGGAGGAUGCUUGCAAGGUAAAAAUUUUAGGGUUUUAGGGUUGCCUGCGCACAGGCACUGGUUUAACCCUCUGGCCACGGAGCGCUUACUGCUGAGCAGCCCCGGGGGCAGCCACCUGUUACUUUCCUCGCUCCCCUUCUCUUCUUAGUCACUCUCAGCACCUCAAGGUCAGGGGCAACUUGAAACACGCAGAGGGAAAGCCUUGUUGAGCGCACAGAGCCACCCUUUGUCAGUGUAACAAAAGCCCUGCACACAUCUGAGCUGUCAGAGAGCUCCGACUGACCCGGAGAUGCCUUCCUUUUCCAGCAGUGCUGUCUGGCGCUUCUGCCUCGCUCUGUCCAGCCCCCGGUGUGGCAGACGGUUGGUGGCGGGCAGAGAAAUGGCAUGGCUAGCUUCUGGUUGCAGUCACACCACCACGGUUGCAUCAUUUUAAGAGGAAUUAUGCAAGUUUAAAUUCUGCUUCGGCACGCUCUCUUCCCACAGGAAGACAUUUACCCGUGCCUGCAGAGCAAUAUCAGAUUUGUAAAAUGUUUUCUCUAUCAAUUGAAAGUGUUGCUUUUUUAAAAUUGUCGUGUUUUCCUAUCCGGCAAGAGAACAAAACAAAAGGAUAAAAGAAGUUUGUGUUGUCGGAGGGUAGGGGCAGUACUACGUGCUGCUCGGUUUACAUGGGCAGCAUCAAUUUGCUGUUCACUGAGACUGUAAAUCUGUUUUAUACUAACUGUGCUUUCUAGGUUCUGCUAACCUUGUAAUGCCUCCUCUGUGGUUUUAUUUUCAGUUUCUCCCUCUUUUGAUCUCCCUCUUUUUUUAGCAUUUUAAAUUCGCUUUUAAGUCAUUUUAAGGUGGAAUAAAUAAAUAGAAACUCGUUCCCUU